AUGGUGGCAGACUUGGGAAGCAGAGAGAAGGAGAGUGGAAGACCGACGCGGGGUGAACCAAAGAAGAGGGGACCGCGGAGAAAGGCAAGGCCACGGGAGGAAGAGAGAGCGGAAGCAGGGGAGCGUGGGCGGAGGGCGGGACGGCCAGCUCAGACCCGCCGCUCCGGCUCUCGGUAUGUGUCACUCAACACGCCGCGGCGUCGUGAGCGCCGAAGGGCGGCCGGCGCAGGAAGCCCGAGGACCCUGAGGCCGCCCGACCGCCCCGGGGGUGCUCUGCGCCGACGCCGCCCAUGCCGCAGAAGCUCGAAGGCGCAAACCAGCUACACACUUACCGGCGCCGCAAGGCAGACCCCGCCACUCCUUCGGGCACCCGGAUCGGUCAGCGCCCACAAAGGGUCGCCAUGGCGCCGCCGCACGAGCGCCGAUUGGUGGCGUGCGGGGUGGAGCUUUGUUCAAACCCACGCAAGGCGGAGCCUCGCCGGCCGCGUCUCCCGCGCUUCGGCCUCAGCCGUUAGGCUCGCGCGCUGGGCCGCCCCGCCCCCGUUCCCAAGUCUCCCCGCGCCCCGCCCCGCCCCCGAUCCCUUGUUUGUCGACGGCUCGACCCGUUCCCAGGGUUCCGCGCGCUCCGCUCCCAGGGUUCCGCGCGCCUGGCCACCGCCCCAGUUCCCAGGUCUCCUUGCGCCUGGCCCCGCCCCCAGGGUGCUUGCCGCGCCCCCUCGCGCCGGUGCCCGAGUCUCCUUCGUUAUCCUGGCCCUCCUGACUCACAGCGGGGCGGUUAAUGCCAGCCCUGGGCAUGGCCGAUGUCUACACCUUCUCUGAGACAUAGAAGGGUUGAACGAGGCUCGGUGGUGGCAUCCCUGAACAGGUCCUGGUUCGAGUUCCAACUGAGAAAAAUUAAAAUAUAAGGUCCUGGUAGUGCACAAGAUCUUAACGAGGACACCAAGUCCGGACGGCGUUGGUUGGGGGAUGGAGUGAGGUGGGAAGGUGAGUGGAUGCAGAAUGUUCAGUGGGGAUGCCACAUUAGCACAGGGAGCAAGCUCGUUUGCUGGAAAAGACUGGAAACUCCUUCCGACCGGGACUUCUAAUGAAUGAGCGUUCGAGAGAAAAACCGGUGCCAUAAGAGAAAGUAUACGGCAUACACAUCACAUCGUGUCUUUGUGGCUUCGUGGUUCACCUAAGCUCACUAAUGCAUUCCCAUUCCUGGGCAUACUUGCCCUUUAUUUGAUGGAAAGGCAUGCCAUCAAACUUUGACCUGGAUACUAGCAUGGUUUUUCUUUUGAAUUACUAUUAUUUUUGGAUUUAC